GAAGUCAGACGGCAGUGCAGCACCUCACUAUGACUUCGACUCCGGUCUAUAUAUGCUCUUCAUUAAUCGUUGGCAGCGUUACCGGUUCUCCUAUCCUUAAUUUUCUCUAGCACCCGCAGCAUACAUACCAUCCAUAAUUGCAAGCAUUUCGUCAUAGAUUAUCUGCUCUGAUUUCGUAUACAUAAGUCCCCAACAAUCCUUCGACUGACCACUUUCUUUAUUUAUAUACUUCGUUCCUGUGUCUUUCUAUAUUCAACAGAAAAUGAACUACCAAAACCACACCUAUCGAACUUGGAUGAGGGCUCUCAAAUACUUCGAUGACCAAGAUUUGGAUAGAUCCCUCUACGUCUUCGAGAUGAUAUCCCGCUCGCCAAAGAUAUUUUUCAAUCUGGGGAUGAUCCAGACUGGCUUGGGAGAUUAUCAAUCUGCCGUCGACUGCUUCCAAGCGGCAGUCACUGAUGAAUCAGCCUCCGUCGUAGAAUACUUCCAACUUGGGGCCAUCCUCUUUUCCCUUGAAGAAUACGAAUCUGCCCACAAGAAUUUCUCGAUAGCUUUCUUGCUCAUGGGUGACCGCUCUCAUAUUGAUUGCCAAGAAGCAGGCCUGAACUAUUGUUUAUAUUCUUGCGAGAUACUGUUCAAUCGUGCUAUGUGCCUCCUGCAUUUGGGAAAGUUUGACGAAGGCACAGAAACUUUGUCAGAUGCUCGAGAGAAACAAGAAUAUCCAUCACAGAUUCCUUGUUCCUUGGAAGUCUUCAGUAUCCCAGCUUUACGCGAAGACGGCAGUUACGGCUCACCGAGGAGGGCGGAUUACUGGACGGUCUUCCAGGUCUCCAACGGGACUCUCUACUGUCCGGUACCACAGGCUUCAGACAGGAUGUCGCAGUCCUCAGACUAUAAGCUUGAAAGCAUUCCUUCCAGUCCGACCGAGUCUAUGCCAUCCAUCACCGGGGAAUCUUCGUCGAGCGAAAGCCACAGCAGUGCUCGAAAAUCUCCCUUCAAACUCUUCAAAAUCGUCAAGCGGCGCUCGCCCCACCUCUUCAAGUAA